AUGGCUACUGACGAGGAGAAGAAGGACGCGCGCGCCCUCGACACGGCUUACGAGCUCGAGGACGGGUCAAAGGCGUCGUACGCUCGGCGUCUGCUCCGAUGGGGCGUGGAAGAGCGAGGUAUCCAGCCAGUGCCGCUGGAGUUGAGAACGGACACCGAGUUCAAUAAGAUCUUCUUCAUCCUAUUGUCCGCGAACACGAACAUUCUCUCGUUAUCCACUGGUUUACUUGGUCCCCUCGCGUUCGGCCUGGGUCUACGAGACUCGUGUCUGGUCAUAUUCUUCUUCAACGCGCUCUUCGCAUGCGGGCCGGCCUACUUUGCUACGUGGGGCCCAAAACUGGGUAUGCGGCAAAUGUGUGCCUCUAGAUAUACAUUCGGAUACUGGGGAACCGCCGUUCCGAGUGUGCUCAGUCUCAUGAACGGCUUUGGGUUCAGCAUCUUGAACUGUGUGCUGGGAGGUCAGGCUCUGUCUAGUGUAUCCGGAGGAAGCUUGAGCUGGACAGUUGGCAUCGUCAUCAUCGCGAUCAUAUCGCUCAUCAUAUCUUUCAGUGGCAUGACAUUCCUGACCUGGUAUGAGCGAUUAUCUUGGCUACCGAUGCUUGUAGUCCUCUGCGUCGCGACUGGCGUCAGUAGACACGAGUUUGUGAACCCUCCAUCGGAACCGGCUACCAGCACCGGUGUACUCGGCUUCAUCGCGACAGCGGCCGGCUUCACCUUGACAUAUUCCCCGUUCGCUGCGGAUUAUACCGCGUACAUGAACCCUCGAGUGCAAAGCUGGAGGAUAUUCAUCUACGCAUGGGCUGGAUUGACGUUGCCGAUCGUCCUUGUGCAAUGUCUCGGUGCAGCAGUUGCCGUCGCGGCUCCCGGCAUCCCGUCGUGGAAUGCUGCCUACGAGGAUGACGAUGUCGGUGGACUAGUCGCGGCUAUGCUCGAGCCAGUCGGCGGCUUCGGAAAGUUCUUGCUGGUUCUCCUCAGUCUGGGCGUGACGGCGAACCUCGCCCCAACCCUAUACUCGAUCUGCUUCGCUAUGCAAACCUUCAUCCCGCCUCUGAUCAGGGUGCCGAGGUACUUGUUCUCUAUCUUCGCUAUUGCUAUCGUCAUCCCACUCGCUAUUGUUGGUCAGCAUCGCUUCUAUGCGACCCUGUCAAACUUCCUCGGCGUCAUCGGCUACUGGGUCGGCGGUUACGUGCCCGUCCUCCUCAUCGAACACCUCUACUUUCGCCGCAACGACUUCUCUACAUACGACGUCACAGCCUGGGACCAGCCCUCACGUCUACCGUUGGGUUACGCCGCAUUGGCAUCUUGCGCUCUCUCCUUCGCGCUCGUCAUACCAUCCAUGUCUCAAGCAUGGUACAUUGGUCCCAUCGGCGAGAAAGCUGGCGAUUUGGGCUUUGAGUUUGCCCUUGCUAUCUCUGCCAUCCUAUACGUCCCUUUGAGGCACAUAGAAAGGCGCUACACGCACGGGCGAUGA